AUCUCCCCGCAGCGCACAGCCAGUCACCUGCCUCAGCUUCGACCCACCGAGCAAGAAAACGGUUCAGUCACACACGAGCGGCGGUGCAACCAUGUACGUCCUGCGGUCUUCCCUCCUCCCAGCGUGCCUUCUACUGGCCUUCCUGCACCUUACAGGUGCUCAAAGACCGGUGGUAACGGUCACAAAUUCUGGCAAUGUCCAGGUUUUCCGGACGGAGACAGCCAACCUCACUUGCAACUUUGUGUCUACGGAACCGCUAAACAUACAUCGUCUCAGUUGGUACAAGCUGAACGAAGAUGGUAGGGAAGGAGAAGCAUUGCUCCUAUACGUGACAAACUUUGGAGUUAAUGAAGAUGCCGAUAGAAUGGCAGAGCUCGGUUUAACAGGCAGAGUCAGCUUCCCACCAGACCUGACGUACAUGGCCAUCCAGGAGUCAGCCCAGCCGGAUACUGGUACCUUCCGAUGUAAGGUCACUCCAAUCUAUCCCGAGGGAGACGCUGUCUCGGUGGAUACAAACCUGACUGUUGUUGUUCUGCCCCAGGUGAGGAUCGCCCAGCUGCCUCUCACAGCGUACGUGCAAGAAGACGUCACACUGACCUGUCAAUCAAGCAGUUUCCCGCCAUCCACAUACAACUGGACAAGAGUGGACGGCGCUGCUCUACCCGGUGGAGCGAUGUUUUCUGAGGGUUACGAGCUGGUCAUCCCGAAGGCUGUCAUGUCUGAUGCCGGGGAGUACCGCUGUGUGGCCGAUAACGGGUACGGCACGGACACCGACACUUACCUGCUCACGCUACACGAUAGAACAACCUCCCAGCCCACCACACAAACGACUAAGCCAGAAACGACUAAGCCAGGUGGUGUGGAGGAUACUCCCAAACCCCAGACCACAGACAGUACAGGGCUGGUGGUGGGGUUGGUACUGGCACUGUUGGCAGCCAUAGUGGUGGCCGGUGGAGUCAUCUACUAUUGCCGGAAUAAGGGCAGUGGCAGCAGUAAAAAGGCGGACAAGAAGACCAAGCAGCAGUCUGCGGGGUCACAGAGGCAUGCUGACAUGGAGGCGGGAACGGGCCGGCCGGAGAGCUGGGAGGCGCCAAAACCCAGGAACGACUCGCCCAAGAAGAGGGCGGGGGUGUUCGACACCACUGAUGUUGUGGGUCCAGGCGAUGACGACUUGGACUACUCGAAACAGGACAUCAAGCCCCCGGGGCCUGAUGGGAAAAAUGGCGUCCACGACAAGAGAAAUCUAGACGGAUAUGUUUAAUGUUAAUGUGGCUUCCAAAGCUCAAUCCUAAUAAAUUCUGUAGCAGGAAGUUUUGUAUCAUAGUUUUGUUAUCGUGUGUAACCUUGAUUAAUUGACAUUUCAUCAGUGAAAAUGUAAUUUUGUAUGUUGUUCCUUUAUCUAAUUGUCGUCGCUGUUGCAAGCGAAUACGUUUUCUGCAUUCUGAUUAGAGUUUAGAGUGGAAUUUCAUGGAAGCAAUUGCAUGCAUGUCGACGUAGUACAUACAUUUUAUUUGUCUCCCAUGACGUUUUAUGUUGAAGUGUACGAUUAGCAUUGUUAAGAUAGUUAAAAGAGACUGUAAUGAUAUCCCUUAUAUCGCCGUCCGAACCACUUGAUAUAGAACGUUAGUGGAAUUCUUGAUAUUGUUUUAUAUUUGGGCCGUGAGUUGUAAAAUUGUAACUUGAGUUGAAAAAUUGGCAUUUGGAGAUAUCAGAACUUCAGCGCCCUUGAUAUCAUAUGAUAUCGUUUCUUGCAAUUCUCGCGAUAAAAUAUCUAUGUUUUUUUCUUUCUUUUAAUCUUACAUUUGAUACGAACUUCAAAACAAUAUUUUGCAUUCAUCAGAGGCUUGAUAUGUUACGUAAUCACAUAAACUUAAUCAAUAUCUAAUAAUCAAAAUCCUAUGCAACUAUAUGGUAUGUGACGUCAUGUAAUGUUAUAUUCAAUCGUUAUAUUAGAUCAUUGUUAUGACUUAACGUCAUUGUAAAUUAUGCUAUUUCUGUGCCUUUGUGUUUGUGCUGUUUAUUAUUCCAAGAGAACCUUGCAUUACAUGUCUUUUGUAAAAGACCACUGUUGAUUGAUAGCAAAUAAUAAUACGAAUAUAAAUUCCAAAUCUUAACGUAAUACUGAAGAGCUUAAAUUCCGUAUACGUAGUAUCAUGUUUGAAAAACUUGGUACUAUGAUUAGUAGUUGCUUCCUGUAGUUUGUAUUCUACAAGUGAAUGUAUUGAGGGCCCAAGUAGUGUGAGACAUUUGUAAGAAGUGAUGUCAUUUUCGACAGCAAAUUUCACAAAGCUGUUGUUAUUUCACCAGCUAUUGUUAAUUCUGUCCAUCUGUGAAACAUCUGAAAAAUAAUACAAUGAGGCAGCUUCCCAGACCACUUGUUUUAAGCCAGUAAAGUAAUCUUUUAUGUUCUUACCAGUUAGGACCCUUCAUAUCCUUGUUUUAAUCUUACAUGAGUGUUAUGAAGUACAUACUUGUAGACUCACUUCAAAAAUCGGAUCUAUUUUUUUAAACAAUAGAAAAAUGAAGUGGUCGGAGAUUACAAAGUAGAUGUGAUGUACGUUUCGUUGUAAUGAAGUGUAGUUGAGAUGAUGCUUUACGUUAGCCUGUAGUUAAAGUGACUGCUGUUGUAUAAAGUUAAGUGGAGUUCUUGGUAAAGAAUAAAGCAGCCCGCUUUUUUUUUUAUAAAGCC